CCGCAGCCGCGCGUUCCCCGGGCCCGAGCAGCCGCCGCAGCCGCCGCAAGCGCGAGGAGCCCGGCGCCCCGGGCCGCAGCCCGGCGCAGGCAUGCAGGCGAGGCGCCUGGCCAAGCGCCCCAGCCUGGGCAGCCGCCGCGGGGGCGCUGCGCCCGCUCCCGCCUCCGAGGCCGCCGCGCUGGGGCUCCCGCCCCCCGGCCCCAGCCCCGCCGCCGCCGCACCGGGAAGCUGGAGGCCGCCGCUCCCGCCGCCGCGCGGGACCGGUCCCUCGCGCGCCGCCGCCGCCGCCUCGUCGCCGGUCCUGCUGCUGCUGGGCGAGGAGGACGAGGACGAGGAGGGCGCGGGCCGGAGGCGCAGGGCGCGCGGGCGGCUGGCCGAGAAGCCCCGAGGGGGCGCGGAGGAGGACGACGACGACGAGGAAGAGGACGAAGAGGUGGUCGUCGAGGUGGUGGACGGCGACGAGGACGACGAGGACGCGGAGGAGCGCUUCGGGCCCCUCGGACCCGGCCGUGCGCUUCCCAAGGGCCCGGCCCGGGGAGCGGCGAAGGUGGGGAGUUUUAAAAGAGAAAUGACCUUCACAUUUCAACCAGAGGACUUAAGACUCGAGUCCAGCAAGAAGACUUCUCACCACUUGUUCCCACUGGCCAUGGAGGAAGACGUGAAAGCAGCCGACACCAAAAAAGCCAGCCGGAUACUUGACCAAGAAAAAGAAAACACUCGAUCCAUUUGUCUCCUUGAGCAGAAGCGGAAAGUGGUUUCCUCUAACAUCGACGUCCCUCCUGCAAGAAAAUCUUCAGAGGAACUGGACAUGGACAAGGUGACCGCAGCCAUGGUACUAACCAGCUUGUCAACUAGCCCUUUGGUCCGAAGUCCUCCCGUGCGGCCCAAUGAGGGCCUCAGCGGGUCCUGGAAGGAGGGCGCACCCUCCAGCAGCAGCAGCAGCGGCUACUGGAGCUGGAGUGCUCCCAGCGACCAGUCCAACCCGUCCACACCCUCGCCGCCAUUGUCCGCUGACAGCUUCAAGCCCUUCCGUAGCCCCGCUCCACCUGACGAUGGCAUCGAUGAGGCCGAGGCCAGCAACCUGCUCUUUGACGAGCCCAUUCCCAGGAAGAGAAAGAACUCCAUGAAGGUGAUGUUCAAAUGCCUUUGGAAAAACUGUGGCAAGGUGCUGAACACGGCAGCAGGCAUCCAGAAGCACAUCCGGGCCAUCCACCUCGGGCGAGUUGGGGAAUCUGACUACAGUGAUGGAGAGGAGGACUUCUACUACACUGAGAUCAAGCUCAACACGGACUCGAUGUCUGAGGGCCUGGCCCCGGUUUCUCCCUCGCAGUCCCUGACCUCACCUCCCACGUUUCCUGUCCCAGACUGCAGCCGAACAGAAUCGCCUUGUGCCAAAACCGACCCCAAGCCGAUGACGCCGCUGAGCCGCUCAGCCCCCACCACCCUCUACCUCGUGCACACGGACCAUGCUUACCAGGCCACGCCCCCGGUGACCAUUCCGGGGUCUAAGUUCACCCCCAAUGGCAGCAGUUUCAGCAUUUCCUGGCAGUCUCCUCCGGUUACGUUCACCGGCAUUCCCUCUGAAGCAGAGAGUUAUGAACACUGGUGCUCCACUCACAUCCAGUCUUUUUCCGGGCCCAAGCCACAGGAACCCAGGUUCAAGGUGUCUCCAACACAUCACCACCCAGUGGGCUCAGGAGAGCAGCGGCAGCACGCUCACACGGUCCUGUCCUCCCCGCCCAGAGGGACAGUCAGCCUAAGGAAGCCCAGAGGUGAAGGCAAAAAGUGCCGCAAGGUUUAUGGGAUGGAAAACCGGGACAUGUGGUGCACCGCCUGCCGCUGGAAGAAGGCGUGCCAGCGCUUCAUCGACUGAGCCAUCCCUGCCCCACUCUCACGACGGGUGGUGAGAAAGCCUCUCCUUCCAAAGGAAGCCAUUCAAGGCCCAGGGAAAGCCUUUCCUGGAAUUCUGGGAAUAUAAUUCCAUGGUGGAAUUAAAGCAAAAAAAAAAAAAAAAAAAUAUCAGCACCUGCACUGCUCUGAGAGCCCAGACAAGAGCAGCAAAAGUGACUUUUUCCUUCAAAAGAAAAGUAACUUUGCUUACUCUCUGUCUGGUCUUAAAACUGGACUUCUGUAGCAACCUAACCAACCAGGCCAUUUUACCUAGAAAGAUUUUGAUAAGCUUUCUGAAUUGUGGUAUUUUCAAGGGGUUUUGACACGUAAACAGUACAUUCAUAAGCUACAUGAUAUUAGCUAGCAUUUGUACAAAGGAUAACCCACCUUGUGAAUAGGCGUCUUCCUGUUUUCCAGCCAGCUGCUUAGAGCAGUCUGGAUCAUGAUGUAUUUGAAGAAAGAGCUGCAGUCUGGCUGUCUUUUUCUGUGUCUGUUUUGUUUUCACGAAGGACCCAAGCAGAAACCUUGUAAAGAUGGUAGCUUGGAGCCCCAGGUAGCUUGAGGCCAAAAGUGACUGGCAGUGGGAAUCACAGGCAAACUUCAGCUGCAGGCUGAGGCCACGAGCCACUUCAGAAAGCAUCUGGGAGUCGUCCUUGGCCCCCAAGUGGUGGUGCCUGGCACAGCUCAGGUGAGAGCUGGCACCGGGGCCAUCUGGUAAGCCUCGCCGCUUCUUUCAGAAAUGUCACAGGAACUGCAGCUGGGGCAGUGUGCCCGGCUGUGUCUGGUCAAUCUGUGGCCAGGACCGUGGGUUGUCAUCCUGCCCUCCAAACCCUGCCCAGGUGGAAAUCUCCAGACUGCCUCACAGCUGUGCUCUAGGCAGAGCGUGGCUGUCAUGCCCCCGUCUGUGAGAGAGCUCCACCAGGGCAGCAGAUCCACCUCCCUUCUGAGUGCACUUUUAUCCAUGGCAUGCUCCACAUGUCAUGGGUGAGUUAGUGGACAGAGUGGCAUAUAUGGAUAACAGAUCGAAACCUUUCAUUUCUUACAAAAAUAUUAGAGAGAUGAAUUAAGAAUUUGCUCAGAAAUUAACUUACAGGAUGCCCAAAGGAAAAUGCAUCUUGGUAUAGGACUCUCCCUAUCUAGUAGGGCCAGGGCUUGCACUGGAUGCCUAUGGAAUGUCUAAAUCAGUGGACUUGUGUGUUUGAGGGCUGGAGCGUGGCAGGCAGCCACCAAGCCUCGUCGGAACACUUCUGCCCUGCUUAAAGAACUGGAUGUCCUGUACCUAUGCAAAGUAAGAGCACCUUAGAGGAGGCACUGGGGUGGGGGCGUGGUGUCAGCCAUACGAAUGUUAAGUGAAAUUGCACAGAGAAAAGCUUAAUAUAUGUUUAAAGAUUGUACAUAGCGCUUUUUUACAGAGUGGGAAGAAGUCAUCUAGCAAUCAGAGACGCCUUUUAUGUUAGGGUCAUAUGGAGGUUCUGCAGCGCAACACCCUGAAUUUCUGCCUUCAUGUAUUUUGGCAAUCUUAUUUUUUAAAUUCAUGUGACUUUCUACAAGAUUAUUUCUUGAAAGAGAUCCUGAUCUGUACCUUCAGGUAUUUAAAAGAAAAAAAUUUAUUUCAAGAGACAAGAAAAUGUGCUCUAUCUGAUUCCCUGUAGGCUGAUAGUCGACAUCAGCGCACUGGCUCUCCUGGGUGUUUUGACCUGUACCCAAGAAACAGCAUUUUUUUUAAACACAGAGCUGAGGUGUUCCCUGCUCCCCCUCCUCCUGGGUAUGUCCUCUCUCCUAUCUCCUGUAGUUUCUGCUGUGAAGUGAUGUCCUAGCUGGUCCAAGAAGUCCUGAGCCACACGCAGAUUGUCAUGGCCAGCUGUCUGAUCAAGCUCACCCUGUGCUUAAAUAAUAGAUGGACCCUGGGCCAGAGGUUUUUCUCCUCAGCAAAGUUCCCUGGAAUUUAUUUUAUCUCAGAUGAAGACUUUAAUCAAAAUACUGGAAUGAUGUGAAGUCAAAUCCAUCUUCUCCUAAAGGACUUCGGGGUGAAGGAAUGCUCUCUGCAUGAGAACAAUCCUUAAGCAAGGUGUCGUGGCCAUCUCCCCCAGACACAGCCCAAGGGUGUGCAUAACUGCACAUUUCAGCGGAGCCUGGGUCCCUCCUGUCCUCUGCAGCCUUCAUCACACCAGCUCUUCUGCAUGGCCAGCCCUCAUCGGGCUUCCAGGUGCAGACAAAUCCUGAGGUCAGUUCUGGACACACAUGCUGCCCGUUCCCAGUGUGGAAGGGCGCAAUCUCCAGGGAACCAGAAAGCUCUGAAUUGCAACAUACAGUUGCUGAUUAUAUGAGUUACAUUUUGUUAUGAGUUACAUUUUUUUAAGUAGUUACUUUGUUAUUUGGGGAACCAAAUGAAGUGCCAAAUGAAGCCUGACUUUUCAUCUGAUGCCAUCUCCAUGAAGCUAAGUUCUUUUUGUGUCUGCAUUUUGUGGAGAAGCAAAGAGAGAAUGGAUGAGAAGACGUAUCCCAGGCGAGCUGGCUGCUAGCCUGCAGCUCUGUGCAUCCCCAGGGCUAACAGCCCUGUCUACAAAGGAGGGGUGGCGCACUGAAUUCCUGUCCAGUGGAAAUGUCUGAUUCUUUUUCUUCCGUGAUGUCCCUUUCUCCAAAACAGGUUUCUCAUUUCUCCCUGGGAAGCUAUUUCAGUGACUGACAGCACAUUCUAUAGCCAGGCAGAGCAAGCGCAAUGGGCGCGACAGGCAGUAGUUUCCAGCCUCAGCCUUCCUGGAGGAUGAACACUGUGUAUGGAAGUCAGCGAGACAACAUGGAGAAAACCCCCAGGGAAGCAAGUAUGUCCAGGAGGCAGUGCAGGAGACCUGAGCCCGCCUGCCUCCAGCUCAUCUUGGGGCUAAGCAGCCAGGCAUCCUCCAUGUCUGUUGCAACUGUCUGAAACAGGACAGGAGCUGCUUUGUCCAGGCUUACCCUUCUGCCAUCUUUUGUCCAGAAGUUUCUCUGUGGAGUGAGAAAAGCCAGCGUCAGGAAGAAAGCAAUGGGUUUCCAAAGCAGAGUGGGCUUUACAAUGACUCUUGACAGCUCCAUGGCCAAGAGGUUUCCUUAGGAGAUGAUCCCCUGCCUCCUGUGACCAAGCUCCAAAUGAGCAUUAUCAGUAAAUAAUAGCACUCUCUUCAGAGAUGGUCACAUGUAUGUUGCAAAAAAAUUCUGAAAUUGAAUUGUUCCCCAUUGCAAUUCAAGAUGUCAGAAGUUGAAGUCUGUCAUCUCUGGGCUCCUAGUGAGCCAGCCUUGCAAGAGUCCAUUUCAUCUCUCACUUCAACUGCACUGCACAACAAGGGUGGCCCUCACUGGAGGAGGUUCGAGAAGGAGGUGAGGACUGUAUCUGCGCAGGAGCAGAAUACUGUAACACUGCUCAUUUCCUCAGGGAAGCAGGAAGGAUGUGUGAAGACAGAUCUGGAGAACCCCAGGACGAGGAGGAAUUUUAUGGUUCAUGUGAACUCAGUAUCAUUUCAAGACAAAUCCAUGCCAACUGGACCGUGUCAGCUUCCGUGAGGUGUGGCAGAUGCACCCACUGUCUUUUUGUAGCCGACCUAAAGCUGACUGGUGUUUGAACCUGGGUAUUCGUAGACACGGUGAAACUUUCCCUGAAUGUGAUUGUGAACAAGGAGCCUCGCUGUUCCUGUUGUAAUCAGCAGUUGUUUGCGCAGCUGUUGAUCAGCGCUGCACAGCGUUCCCUAGGUGAAAGAGCGCUGUUGGAGACCCGGGCUUCGCUGUAGUGCCAUGCUGAGGAGCACACUACCGUGAACAAGGUGCUGCUCUUUCUCACAUCCUGUGGGGUUCCCACCACCCGUGUCAUCUGUAGCAUUGACCUGUGGCAGUAGAUACAAAUGGGCGACACAGCAGGUAGCAUGGAGGCGCGGGUCUUACGGCGUGGGGCAUGCUAGCAUAUGAGUCAACUGGAAAGUUUAUUUCUGGAAGAAACCCACCAGCAGCACACAGGCUCCCCUGUCCUCCACCUGUGGGGAUUUCUCCAUGUUGCAGCCAUUUUGUCCUGUCUUUUCUGCAUUGUAGAAAUUUAGCCAAAUGGGAAGUUAGUAAAUUCAGUAAGGUUAGCACUUUUAGGUACCAGUUGUCCUGAGUAACGCACACCAACAGAGCAAGAAAGUACGAAAUGUACUCACGACUGACUUGCUUCUGCUGACUGACAUUGGAAAGGUCCAUUUCCAGUGAUGCUUUAAAGAGUGUACCUGCCACAGGACGAGCAAAGUGAGAGUUUCGUCUCCUGUCCUGUUUUGUAAAUAGCUCCUUGUUUUCCGAAGACAAUCUCGUGUUUUAUAACUUUUGUUGUGUGGGUCUGAGGAUCACAAUUGUAAUGUGUGAUAUAAUCUUAAGUACAAUAAUAAUUACAACUUAAGUUUCCAAAUGAAAGAAAUAUACUGCUUCAGCAUCUACAAGAGACAUGUCACUUUUAUAAUGAGCGUUAGUACUUCUCAAGUUUAUCAGAACUGGAAAUAUUUUACAAGAUACAGUGUUUUAUAAUCACAGAACAUGAACACUUUGUGGGAAAUGACCUUGGUUUUAUACAUUGUAGCUUAUUUUUAAAAAUGCAGUAUUUUAACUGACAGGAAGUGUUGAUAUCGUACACAGUUCCUGUUCACCAAUCCAAGGGCUAUGCCUCUUUUAAGCAAGUGUUUUGAUGCGUACCUUUUAAACCCUCUGAGCAAGGGGCGGAAUGCAGAACAGACAGAAAGGUUAUUUGCAAGAGAAUCGACGUAGCAGCAACUUCCCCUUAUCAGUGUGUUUUCGGAGCAUGGGGGGGGGGGUCAUGUGAAGAUUCGCUUUCUAUAUAUUAAACAUAAGAGGAGAUGCUAGCAGAUAGACUCCUAGGCUAUGGAAAAAGUAUCCCUCUAGUGUAAAUUAGUUGUGUUGAGUUCUCCUGUUGGUCUAUUGGAGCUACAUGCCUGCAUUUAAUGAACAAGUAUCAUUUGGUGGGAAUGGCUAGACUCAUAGGAUACACACCCAAAGAACUUGUAACCAGUCAGCGUUUGAGACGAUUUUAUUCUCAGCACCGACUGAAUAAUUUCCUCGUCAGAAUAACUGCUUUGUUUGACUUUUGUUUUUCACGAUGAAAACCUCCCAGGCACACAAGGUUGUGAACAGAAGGUGGCAGUACUCCCGUGGGACAUAAGAACCACACAGGGACCUACAGAGAGUUGGGAUCUAAGCCGCCCCACAUCCUCAAGCCCACGCACUGUUAAAGAAGUCGUCUUUUCCUUCCAAGCGGUCAGUGAUCGUAAAGCUAGUCCAGUUUUGCUAAGUUUGCAAACACAGCAGGACAGCCGAGCACUUGUUGGGUAACUCAGCCAGUGAUCAGGGCAGCCAUAGUUCCACAUAAGGGUUAGAUCUGUUCAAUGAGGAUAAUAACUGCACAGCCUGAGGCAGCCGGUCUGUCCUGGCACCACCAGGAGCACCAGAGUGCCCAGCAGUGUUUACAACUACGUGGUUUUGCACUGUGUGUGUCUCAUUCCACCUGCGAAUAGAAGCUUCUGUACAGAGGCUGCCUUAGGAUGCCUGGACAAGUCCUGUAGACGGUCAGUGCACAUCAGGGAAUGGUGGAGAUGAUGUCAGCUAUGCAGCUGACAUCUUCUGAGAAGGAACACCCACACUGAGCCCCACUGAGCUUCUGACUAUCAGAACCCACAGACAUCAGGCCAGGUUGCUGGAUCCCAGCUGGAGACAUGGCAUCACCUGACAGUUCAGUGUUGGCCACCAACACACAUUCGUGGCCAGCACUAGAGACCAAAGAAAAGCUGCGUGGGUACAGAGGCAUCUCGUGCCACAGUUGGAGCUCUGGAAGUCAGUCCCACAUUCCUUGGCUGACAGGCCCCGUUCUUCCCCGAGCACCACAGAAUGGACAUGAGGGCACAGUCUGAGCAAUAUCUCGAGAGAUUAUUCUCAUGGACGGCAACAUAGUCACGUCAUGUUCUUAGUCAGCCUUGCCCCAAUCAGGACGUACUAAGUCGUUUCCCAGCUCUGCUGAGAGCUGCCUCCUGGCACGUCCAGGCCACACCCCAAAGUACUAAGUAGCUGUGAUCCUGAUCUUACUAUGUCUGCUACCGUGACCACUGUGAUGAAGGGCUGGCGAGACAAAACGGAAAGCAGUCUUGUGCCUUUGUAGAAGACCGCCAGGUGCCCCUCAAGUUUGAAGGUGACACAUGGCGCCUCUUAUGCCAAAGCCCUCUGCCUUCUCUCCUUGCUUCCCAGACCACUCUUAUCCUUGUUCAGCUCUGAUCCGUCAAGGUCCUUCCACACUAAUAGGCAUUGAGUGUUUGGGGUGCCCAUUCCCUUAAAAGGAAGCUUUUCCACAUAGAAAACCAUCACAUCUUUGACGACAAAAUCAAAAUGAGAAUAACUUUGUUAUGUGGGGGUGGAGGCUGGAUAGAUUUUCAUUACAUUAUUUUUAAGUCUAUCUUAUAUUGAAGUCCUGAUGUUAUUGGGACAGCCCUUAUGGUGAAACCUGUCUCAUUCAGACAUUAUUUCCUUUGAUCUUCAUAAGAACCUAGUGUAGAAAGCUAAGGUCACUCCCCCAAUCCAUGGCAGUCCAGAGUAGUCUUGAACCCAGUGAGUCAGCACCAUCGUUACCUGCAAAGAGGGAAGAAGGGACUGGCUUGGCUGUGGUCCAGAGUGACUCAAGAGGCCGCCAUGUUCUCCAUGCAGAAGUAAAUAGCACGGUCACUUGUGUUACUAAGUGCAAAUGUAGUCAUCCCCAAGUGUACCCCCUUGCUACAACUACCAUGCUGGUCACCAAGGAAUUUAUUAGCUAAAGCAAUAUUCUAAAUAAAAAAUUUUGACUCCUUGGGGGAAAAAUACUUUGCUGCUGGCACCUAGCUUUUCAUACUCCAUGCAUUUAUAUUUGAAUGUACGUUAAACAGUGCAGGCAAAGUUUGGGGUUGCAUCCACUGGGAUGAGUAAAAGGCUGUCCAGGGUAUGAAUGUCCUUCAUCCAAGGCUCUGUGUGCCAGGCUGAGUUGGAGCAUCCCCAGUUCAGCGUAAAGUUCACAAGGACUUUUGUCAGAGGACUAGAAGGAGCGCCCAGAAACCUGUAUUGACCUGUUACCUAGUUCAUUAGCAGGGUCAUUUAUUAUUAUUAACGAUGCCAUACUGUUUUAAGUAAUUCAGUGCUUGGAGGCAGAAUGGUUUAGCCCUUUCCUACGUGAUGGAAAGACAGCCUGUUGUAUAGAUUUGCACUGGUGUUACUGGCACACAUAGAAAGAACCUAGUAAUCAUGAACAAGAACAAAGCAAAUAACUAGACUUUGAGGUAAGGUUCAGAAUUAAAUAGUUAGUCCUCUUUUUAGUGUUCUUCCUCUGUGGCGUUAUCCAUGGACUUGUCAGCACUCGAAGACAGCACCCCUCGAGCUGCAGUACCACCAGAAAGCCAUCCUGGGGGCUGACUGUUAGACUUCCUUAGUAGGAUCAAUUCCCCCAAAAUUUAAUUAAAAAAAAAAUAGCCAGAGUGGAACAUGGCAACCCCUGAAAAAGGCAAGCGAGCUAUCAUUAAAGACAGAAACAGUUGGGGAAACCAAGGUACCUCCCCUUUCUGUCUGCAUUGACUGUCCACAGCUGAAGAGGAAACCAGCGUCCCAGAGAAGACGGAACGUGGCGACUCUGGGAGAAGUUCCCAGCUAAUGGCCAUUUUCAGCCACCUGGCAGCAGUAUGCAGAUUGUCUGGUGGACACUUUUUUAGUCCUUUUUUAAGUCCUCAUCUCCCCAACCCAGAGGACGGAGAGUUGUCUUGGUUCAUUUCCAAAGCCAGGGUUGAGCCAUUCACUGGUUGCUUUCUGGCUGUUCCUCUGAAGUCUCCACCCAGGGCAUGGAUGCUUACCCCUGUCUUGCUCAUCUUGCUCAGCAGAGACUACCGCCAUCCUUCAGGGAAAGUGCCGGUCCCUGUCUGAACAGGUCUGUCUCCCUCAGCACCAUCCUAACACACUGAGCACAGAAGAUCCAUUUCAGACUCCCUGAGAGAAGUCGCUGGCCCUGCCUCCCCUGUGGCUUAGGACUCUAGCACAGAGGUGAGAGCUGGCCAGGCAGAGGGUGCUGACACCUGUGUCUGCAUUAGAAGGGAGGCCUCAGAUGAAAACCUUCCAGGCUCUGGCUUCUGCCUGAGGAUAGGAGUGCAGGGAUGGGAUUGGCCUUCCCUGUGUGAUGGUGGGGUGCCUUUGGGAUAGAACUGCUUAUGUUUUGUGUCUGGAAAGCAAAACUACUUCAAUCUGUUCCCCUUGUUAAACAUUCAUCCCUUACCACCCCUUAUUUCAGGCAUAGGUAACACGACAGAAAUGAAAAAGGGCGCCCUAAGGGCUUUUGGCUGUUCUUGAGUUUGAGUUACCCUCGGGGAUCCAUCCCCAAACUGACAGGUGACAGUCUGAGGCCUUUAUGUUCUUACUGGAAGUCAGCGGCUGAGACAUGGCAUCAUCAAGCCCAGUGUCCCUACUGGAGGAAGCUCCAAUGAAGUCCAAAGGUUGCAGAAAGCACAUGGUACCUCCCAGUGCACACGGCUCUUAUGGCAACUAAAAAUGCCCUGGGUGUAAACAUGAGUCAGACCUGUGGAUCGACCUAAAAGUCCUAUUUUUGUAAUUAAUGGCUGGACUGUGGUCAGCCACUCAAACAUUCUGUGGAUCAGCUCAUAUGCCCUAGUGUAAGUUUCCAGAAUACUUCAUAGCAAAGUCCCAUAUGAAUGGAAGAACUCAGGGUAAGAAUAUGCGCUAGGCCCCAAAGGGUUCAAGGUUACCAUCAAAAGCAAAUGUCAAGCGGCCUGUGGUCGUUGUUUGCACAUGAGGGGCUGGAGGGGGGACUGUUAGCUGCAGGUCCUCCGUUGCCCUUAGUGGUGGGAUUUACACGCAAACUCUGAUGUUAAAGGUGAGCCACCUUUGAAAUUGUUUUCUACACCAAAAUAUCUGGGGAAAAAGUUACCGAAUAUUUAAAGUGGGGUAGUUAGGGAAAAUGCUGUCUCAUAACAGAAGCCAAACUGAAGUGGAGGGAGUGGCUUCUGGGGCACUGGGAUGGCAGCUAUGAGCUCGGACAGGCACUGACCGAAGGCGUCACGGCAGUGCUAUCCAGCAUACGUAGAGGUCUUUCGAGGUACAAUCUUGCCAUCAUUCAGGGGUAAGUACUUCCUUACAAAGUCUUUAAUAAUGAGUGAAUGUAUAAAAUUAUAAACUAUGCAUUUUCAAAGAGAAACAUGUAUUUUAUAUCAAAUCCAAGAACUUUUUUUUCAUAGAAACUUAUCACAACUACAGAUUAUUCAAAAUAAAUGAGAAUACAAAUCUUCAUAAGGGUGUGGGGUGCCUUUGUUUUCUUGUCCAAUGGUUUCAAAGACAGUGCAUCCAGACUUUCAUCUGAGCUCCGGACUCAGAAAAAGCAAAAAACAAACUCUAGCCAGUACAGGGGCUGAGGAUACACUGCCCGUGCGGCACUCACAGACUGUGCUGAGUCCUUAAAGACUGGUGCUGUAGUCAGAUGGAUCAACAGGGGGACGAGGGCCAGGGAUGGGGCUGGGCAGAGCACUGACCUGGCUCGUGCGAGGGCCUGGCUUCAGUCCCCAGCACUGGGAAAUAGGAAGAAGCGGCAAAGGAAACUGUAGAAAGGUCUGUCUGUUGUGGUUAACUUUCCACCCAGUAGGAGUGUUCUUAAAAGAGUUUAGGCUGUAGUUUCAAAGAACAAAAUAUAAAAAUACUAUCUGACAAGGCAAAUAGUCAGUUUUUUCAAAAUUAUACAGAGAUGAUCACUUAUAUCUUGAAAAAUCUGUCUAGAAUAUACCCGAAUCUCUUCAGCCUCCCGCUGACAGGCGUUUUCAUGAGCCCUUCCCUCUGAUAAGGGUCUCCUCUUCAGUGCUGUCUCCACCCUCCAGCUGACAAUGAGGGAUGCACUCCCUUUCUCUGCUGCUCCGGUUCUCUCUGUGUCUGCUGAGCUUCCUAGGCUGUUUGUAAAAUAUGGGAAAACACGCUUCUAAACCCGGUUCUUAGGUCAUGCUGGAUGUGUUUGCUACCUUAUUAGAAGUUAGUGGGGGAGGGGCAGCCUGUCUUUUUAUAAGAUUUUUAGCCAAAUCCAGAUGUUCCGAUACUGUUUCUGUCUGUAAGUACGGCCUGCAGAGGUUCAGGUGGGGAGAGACAUUUUCUGAGACUGUUCCUCAGCCAUGCUCCCUGCCAGCUUUUGGCCCACUGUACAUAGAUUUGUCAAAUGUUUCAACGAUGUUGUUUUUCUAAAUGCUCUUCUCUAACACAUUUUUAAAAUUUUUUUUGUCCUUUAUUGUUCUGGACUUUGUGUUUUACAAAAUGUUUCCUAAAAUUUAACACCGGGAAAAAGUAUUUUAAAAUAAGCUGGUGCUAAUUGGAAAAGAAGAAAAUUUUUCAGUUUCAAGAUUUACAAAAGAAAAUGUUCACACCAGUUAAACUGCACUUUCCCAAGGGGACGGCUGCUGUCCACUUACAGAGGGCAUCCAGAGGACCAGCAGAAGUUCACAGUAUUGCUGGCCCGUUGUGUGUCCCCCAGACAGGAGGACUUGCUGGGUGGUCCUCAAAGCAUGUGGUAGGAGGGAAGGUGUAGAGUAAGAACCCUCUAGAAAUAGUCUUCUGGUCUUUGGACUUUCAUGUUCUGUAAUGCUUAGCUGUAACAAUUACUAUGGUGUUGCCAAUCUUGUCUGACGUCAUCGUCAACCUGUACUGACUCUGUGUAUGGUUCUACCCUUGGCUUGCACUGGCACGAACCAAGCCAGAAUACGGGUCUUUCAGUAAGACCCUUCUGAUUUCUACGGUGUCCACACACAUGAAUUUAGAUGCACCUGUAACUGGUUAAUCACCACGAAGUAAGUCUAACUUCCACUUAAUAAAAAUUUUUGUGUAUCUGCUUCUA